AUGCAUAUGAAUAAGAGAAUCGGCCGCCUGAAGCAAUGGGCGGGCGAGCGAAUGGGUGGAGAAGUGAAGACUUGCCAGUCGGAUGAUUUCAAGGCAAUGGAGACAGAAAUGGGAGUGCGACAUGAAGGUGUCGACCGCAUUCACAAGUCUAUGACCGCAUACGUCAAAGCCGUCUCCAAGCGCAGCGAGGGCGAUGAUAAGGAGAAGACCCUUCCGAUUGCCCACUUGGGAACCAGCAUGGUUAGCCAUGGAGACGACUUUGAUGGAAACUCUGAAUAUGGACAGUGCUUGACCAUGUUCGGACGGACUGAAGAGCGCAUUGCGCGCAUUCAAGAGAGCUACAUUACCCAGGUGACUUCGAGCUGGCUCGAAUCCCUGGAGAGAUCUCUGACCCAGAUGAAGGAUUACCAGCAGGCGCGGAAGAAGCUUGAUAGCCGGAGGCUGGCAUAUGACACUUCGUUAUCAAAGAUGGAGAAGGCGAAGAGAGAAGAUUUCCGAGUGGAAGAAGAGCUGCGCAGUCAAAAGGUCAAGUACGAAGAAGCCAAUGACGACGUGCUCCGCCGCAUGCAAGAUAUCAAGGACGCAGAGGUGGACAGCGUGAUAGAUCUGGGAACCUUUUUGGACGCCCAGCUGGAGUAUCAUGAACGAUGCCGCGAGGUGCUUCUGCAACUCAAGAGUGAAUGGCCUGGCGGAUCCGGCCAGGGGCCAGCUCUACCGCGCCGUCCGGCAAGAGCCCGGUCCAACACUGCUCACUCGUACCAAGAACGGUAUGAGCCUCUGCAGGAGGAGUUGACGGUUGUCACGGAGAGCCGACCGACUAUCCGGUCAAACCGAACGGUGUCAACCUACAUGGCCGACUCUCCUGCACGAGACGCCUACCCGGUUAGCAAUGGCUUUGCGCGACCAGGUCUCAGCCGGACGCCUACUUUCGAAGGUCCGACUCAACUGCGUCAAGACCAAUCUCCAGUAGCCACUCAGUGGAUCCAGAGAACCACCAGCGAAAACUUGACCAACCGUCGUAAUAGUGUACAGCCUCUCGGUGGCAGAUUCCCGGUCGAUCCCUAUGCAGACUCCGAAGCUAGCUCUUAUGGUCGUUCUAGCCCCGAGCGCAUGUAUGGUGGUCGAUCAAGCUCACCAGCUACCUCUCAUGGCAGUGUAGCCUCUCGUCGGCCUAGCGCUACUGCCCUGAACUCUGGUUUGACUAAGAAGGCACCUCCACCUCCACCCCCAUCACGGGCAAAGAAGCCACCUCCUCCACCACCGCCAAUGAAGCGAUCUCUGGUCACGGUGACGGAUGUGUAA